AUGCCGCCGCGAGCUCAGCCCAGACGGGGUACACAUUUUGGGCACCCUCCUUGCCCCAAUCCCCACCCCGUGCCUCACGUGGUCCCUGCAGAGCGCUGGUGGGCACCAUGGAAAUACCCACUGGUCUGCUCUUUCUCAAGGCAACCUGCAAAGACGCUGUGGUACGACCGCCCGCGGUAUGUCUACCUGGAGUUCUGUGUCGAGGACAGCACGGAUGUUAAGGUUGUCAUUGAGGACCAGCGGCUGGUGUUCAGUUGCAAAAAUGCAGACGGUGCGGAGUUCUACAACGAGAUCAACCUGUAUGCCAGGGUCAACUCCAAGGACUCACGGGAGAAGCGCUCCGACCGCUCCAUCACAUGCUUUAUGAGGAAGUGGAAUGAGAAAGUGGCCUGGCCCCGCAUCACCAAGGAGAACAUCAAGGUGUGUGUGGCGCCCGGCAGCCAGGACCAGCCUCAGCACGUUGGCACUCAAAGCUGUUGCACGUCUCUUCCAGGACAGCAUCUCAUCACUGCCGUCGUAGAACAGAUGUUUGGAUUCAAGACAACUUCAUGGGAGCUGGGCCGUCAGCGAAGUGUCAUUGAGCUGGACACCCCCUCCAUGACAGCAGAGCAAAUAGAGGCCCUGGAGAGGAGUGUGAAUGAGAAAAUCCGAGAGAGGGUACCCGUGAUGGUGAGGGAACUGGCUGCAGAUGACCCUGAAAUUGAAACAGUGAGAAGCCGUGGCUUGCCAGAUGACCACGUGGGGCCAGUGCGAGUUGUUGACAUCGAAGGCGUAGACUCCAACAUGUGCUGUGGGACUCAUGUCUCCAACCUGAGUGACUUGCAGGUUAUUAAACUCCUUGGCACAGAAAAAGGGAAAAAGAACAAAACCAACUUGGUUUUCCUGGCAGGAAACAGAGUGCUGAAGUCAAUCGAACAAAGUUACAAUACUGAGAAGGCUCUAACCUCACUGCUCAAAAAUGGACCAGGUGAACACAUAGAGGCUGUGAAGAGGCUGCAGAGUUCUGUGAAACUGCUUCAGAAGAAUAACUUGAACCUGCUUAGAGACAUUGCUGUUUUGAUAGCCCGGGACUUCAAGAGCAAACCUGUUCAAAGUGAGCUGUUUGUGUUACACAGGAAAGAGGGUGACUCUGAAUUCAUGAAUAUCAUCGCUAAUGAGAUUGGGACAGAGGAAACCCUGCUGUUCCUGACUGUGGGAGAUGAAAAAGAAGCAGGACUCUUUCUUCUAGCUGGACCUGUGGAAGCAGUUGAGAAUUUAGGUCCCAGGGUGGCAGAGCUGCUGGGAGGCAAAGGAGCUGGGAAGCGAGGCCGCUUUCAGGGCAAGGCAACCAAGAUGAGUCGGCGAGGAGAAGUGCAAGCUCUGCUCCAGGAAUUCAUCAGCCAUCGAAGCCCUGAAGCGGAGAAGAAGGAAUGAAAUGUGGCAGGAAUUGGAGGGAUGCUCAGAUCAGUAAAUCCCCCUUAAAAGACCAAACUAAGCUGGUCACCAGUUACUGCUGCCUGAGAUAGAACUGGGAGGCAAGAAGACAAGAUGCUGUUGUCAAGCCUGUGAGCAAGGGAAGGAGGGGACACCGAAGGACCAGUCUCCGUGAGCCCUUUUUAAAAAAAAAGGAACGGACUUUUUUUCCUGGCU